GCGCUGGAGCAGGGACGAGCAUCCCUCCGUUCACAGGAAUGUAUUCUGCCGGCUGCCACUCUGCGCCCAGCACCUGAGAGUCCGCAGUCCGACGGCAGCCGCCCGCUCCGAGCACAGAGCACCAUGUCCCCCCGCGCGGCUCAGAGGACCUUCUUCCUCUGCCUCCUUCUAUUUGCACAUCCCGCGGAUGCACAGACUGCCAAGGAAGUUAUUUUGCUGGAUUCCAAAGCACAACAGACAGAACUGGAAUGGAUCUCCUCUCCAUCCAGUGGGUGGGAAGAAAUCAGUGGAUUGGAUGAAAACUACACACCUAUUAGAACUUAUCAGGUAUGUCAGGUCCUGGAACCCAACCAGAACAACUGGCUACGAACUAACUGGAUAUCUAAAGCCAACGCACAAAGGAUUUUUGUGGAGCUAAAGUUCACUUUAAGGGAUUGUAACAGUCUUCCUGGUGUACUGGGAACUUGCAAGGAAACCUUUAACUUGUAUUACUAUGAAACCGAUUACGACACUGGCAGAAACAUGAGAGAAAAUCAAUAUGUGAAAAUAGACACUAUUGCCGCAGACGAAAGUUUUACCCAAGGAGAUCUCGGAGAGCGCAAAAUGAAGCUGAAUACAGAGGUUCGGGAAAUUGGCCCCCUCUCCAGGAAGGGAUUCUACCUGGCAUUCCAGGACGUCGGAGCCUGCAUUGCCCUGGUGUCAGUGAAGGUCUACUACAAGAAAUGCUGGACCAUCAUUGAGAACUUAGCCAUAUUCCCUGACACCGUCACUGGCUCCGAAUUCUCCUCCUUGGUCGAAGUAAGAGGGACAUGCGUGAGCAACGCCGAGGAAGAAGCCGAUAAUUCUCCCAAGAUGCACUGCAGUGCGGAAGGCGAAUGGUUGGUGCCCAUUGGAAAAUGCAUCUGCAGAGCGGGGUAUCAGCAAAAAGGCGAUACCUGUGAACCUUGUGUUCGUGGCUUCUAUAAAUUUCGUCACAAGACUUGCAGUGCCUCCCGAUGUCCGGAACAUAGCUUCUCUGACAGGGAAGGCUCAUCUCGUUGUGACUGUGAAGAUGGUUUCUACGGGGCCUAUUCUGAUCCAUCGUAUAUCGCGUGUACAAGACCACCUUCAGCUCCACAGAAUCUCAUUUACAACAUCAACCAGACAACAGUGAGCCUGGAAUGGAGUCCUCCUGCGGAUAAUGGUGGAAGGAAUGAUGUCACCUAUCGCGUUAUAUGCAAGAGAUGCAGCUGGGAGCAUGGGGAAUGUGUACCCUGUGGGAACCCUGUGGGAUAUGUGCCUCAGCAAAGUGGAUUAAUAGAUACCUAUAUUACUAUUGUGGACCUUCUUGCUCAUGCCAACUACACUUUUGAAGUUGAAGCGGUAAACGGGGUUUCUGACCUGAGCCGUUCACAAAGACUAUUUGCUGCAGUCAGUAUUACAACUGGUCAAGCUGCGCCAUCUCAAGUAAGUGGGGUAAUGAAGGACAGAGUGUUGCAGCGCAGUGUCGAUCUAUCCUGGCAGGAACCCGAACAUCCCAACGGAGUCAUCACAGAAUAUGAGAUCAAGUAUUACGAGAAAGAUCAAAAAGAACGCACUUACUCCACGCUGAAAACAAAAUUAACAUCUGUUUCAGUCAAUAACCUUCGACCUGGAACGGUUUAUGUGUUUCAAAUUCGAGCUUUCACUGCUGCUGGUUAUGGAAUGUACAGUCCCAGGCUUGAUGUCACUACCUUGGAGGAAGCUACUGCGACUGCUGUUUCCAGUGAGCAGAAUCCUGUCAUUAUAAUUGCAGUGGUUGCUGUGGCUGGCACUAUUAUUUUGGUCUUCAUGGUCUUUGGUUUCAUCAUUGGAAGAAGGCAUUGUGGCUAUAGCAAAGCUGACCAAGAGGGGGACGAAGAGCUAUACUUUCAUUUUAAAUUUCCAGGCACCAAAACCUACAUUGACCCUGAAACAUAUGAAGAUCCGAAUAGAGCUGUCCAUCAAUUUGCUAAGGAGUUAGAUGCAUCUUGUAUAAAAAUUGAGCGUGUAAUUGGUGCAGGAGAGUUUGGAGAAGUGUGCAGUGGUCGCCUAAAGCUUCCAGGAAAAAGAGAUGUAGCAGUUGCCAUAAAGACACUGAAGGUUGGCUACACAGAGAAACAAAGGAGGGAUUUCCUGUGCGAAGCGAGUAUAAUGGGCCAGUUUGACCAUCCAAAUGUUGUUCAUUUGGAAGGGGUAGUGACGCGUGGGAAACCAGUAAUGAUUGUAAUUGAAUACAUGGAGAACGGAGCUCUAGACGCAUUUUUAAGGAAACAUGAUGGACAGUUCACCGUCAUUCAGCUGGUGGGGAUAUUGAGAGGCAUUGCAGCAGGAAUGAGGUAUUUGGCCGAUAUGGGAUACGUACAUCGGGAUCUUGCGGCGCGCAACAUUCUAGUCAAUAGUAACCUUGUCUGCAAAGUAUCAGAUUUUGGCUUAUCUCGAGUUAUAGAAGAUGACGCAGAUGCAGUAUACACAACAACUGGAGGAAAAAUCCCAGUUCGGUGGACAGCUCCAGAGGCAAUCCAGUACCGCAAAUUUACAUCAGCCAGUGAUGUAUGGAGUUAUGGGAUUGUCAUGUGGGAAGUAAUGUCCUAUGGAGAAAGGCCUUACUGGGAUAUGUCAAACCAGGAUGUGAUAAAAGCUAUUGAGGAGGGUUAUCGGUUGCCAGCACCAAUGGAUUGUCCCGCAGGUCUUCAUCAGCUGAUGUUAGAUUGCUGGCAAAAGGAACGUGGAGAGCGACCUAAGUUUGAGCAGAUUGUUGGUAUUCUCGACAAAAUGAUCCGGAACCCCAACAGCUUGAAAACCCCAAUGGGAACUUGUAACAGACCUGUCAGUCCACUCUUGGACCAGAACACCCUUGAUUUCUCAACAUUCUGCUCUGUUGGAGAGUGGUUAGAAGCUAUUAAGAUGGAACGGUAUAAAGAGAACUUCAGCUCUGCAGGAUACAAUUCCCUUGAAGCAGUGGCCAGAAUGACAAUAAACGAUGUCAUAAGCUUAGGAAUUUCACUGGUUGGCCAUCAGAAGAAGAUCAUGAGCAGUAUUCAGACUAUGAGAGCACAAAUGAUACACCUUCAUGGAACCGGAAUACAGGUGUGAUAGACAGGCCUCCCUUAUGGGGGAGGUAAGACUAUGAGACAACAGCACUGGCCUUCACUACACAAGAACUGCUGCUAGAAUCUGCUCAGUUAACUGAGUCAUCUCUACUACAGCGUUUUGCAGUAGAUAAAAACCAACUAGAUCCUCAAGCACCUACAGACUUGAACUCCUAAGUGCCACCAGACAUUUCCUGAGAGAGAAAUUGGAUCAGACUCACGUGGCAAGGAUGACAGCAGUAAUAACAAAGUACUACCUGAAUAAAGAACAAACAGAGCUCUCUAACCUCCUUUUUGCCCAAUGGACUUUUUCAAAUGUACUGUACAUAAUUCAUUUUAAAAAAAAAAGAAUAUAUUUGUUGGACAAAAUCUUAAGAUUAUUGGUAAAUGCGGCAAACUAUUUUCCUUAAGCUGUGUUUUAUUAUAUAAUCUUAUUUUAUAAUGUGUUAUUCUCCUUAGAUUAAUUUUUUUUUUCUCGGAGGGGGUUGGUCGAUAUGUUGAAUUGCACAUUUAUUAGGAGACUAAUAUCAUUAGCAUGGUUAGAGUUAUAUUUUGAAUGCUGUUAUUCUGGCAUUUUACUUAGAUAUCUACGUAGACAUUGGCAAAUCAACAGCAAGCAAGUAAAAACUCUGCAGGUUAAUAACUGUUUAUUUUUACAUAUUUUCUAAGAACUUGCUGAAUACGAAGCAAUAAUGGCACUUCGUGCAGCCAUGGCACCUUUGAUACAGAAUACAUAGUGAAAAUAUGAAGUCAUAAAAAUUGCUAAAAGUGAGAGUUAUUUAAUUCUCUGAAAUACAGGGUCUCCUAAACUACAUACUAGAAACUAGUACUGUAAAAUACAAAGCCUUCCCUAUGCGAAUGUCAAGUUCAAUAAAAAAAAAAGCAAAAGACUCUUGUGGCAUAGUCACUAUCUAAACCUUUCACUGCCUGCAAACAAGUGCAAGGUGACUGAGGAAUCAAAAUUUUUUGUACAAUAGAUUUGAAAUAGCCAAAAUAUAUUUUAUACAAGAUCUUGUUGAAUGAAAUCCAUGUUUGAUUGUAAGGUUUUAGAUUUUAUAUUUAGCGCUAUAUAUCAGGGUGACAAAGAUAACUCUUUUGUUUACCAUUCAAGAGAUGGGCAUAGACCAGAAGUUAACGCUUAAACACAUGGCAGUUAGAGUUUAGCUUUUUUUUUUUUUUUUUUAAACGGUACCUGAUGAACAGAGGGUUUUUUUUUUGUGUGUGUCUACUGGAAGCAAUAAUAAAUUGUGUCUUUCUAGAUAUUCCCUUUGUGCAUAUCUUUAGAGUAAGAAAUAUAUUUGUAAAAUAUGUUUAGAUGGUGGGCGACCCCAUCAUGUAGAACAGAUUCGGUUUGUUUAAAGAAAGAUCCCAAGGAUCGAUCAGAAUUUGGUCUUCUUCGAUUUAUGUGGGCAUCCACAGAAUUGUAAAUGUUUCAGUGUAAAGUGUGUAAAUUUUAUUUAUACUGUCUUGUUUUGUAUACACAUUUCUCUGUAGUGAGCUCUGAAUACAUCGAAAAUGCACUAUAUUUUUCUAUUUUACUUGCAGAGAUUCAUAAGAACAGGUAUUUCAAUGCUACAUAAUGUAUUUUACCAUAUAGGACCAAAGAUGGCUGCAGAAAACACAAAUGGAUAUACUCUUCUGCUUACUUUACUUUCCAGUCAUUUUAAUCUCUGUACAUUGUUAUUUUAUGGCAUUUUAUUUAUUUGAUUGUUAGAAUAAAAAAAGAUAAUUUUUAAGAUGUUUCCUUAAAUAUAGUAAAAAAUACAAUUACAAUAUUUCCAUUUCAUAGACACUUCC